AUGGAAGACGAACAUCAAGAUCUCCAUAAACCCAUUAAUGGAGCUUUGCGAGACCUCAAGAUUACUCGGUCACAGAAAGAAACAGAAAAGUCUACGAACCAACAGCAAGAUGUUACUUGUUACUAUGGUCUAAGGGAAAACUCGAAGAAGAAAACCCAGGAAUCUCCGGAACCAAUGAAGAAGAUUUUGUUUCGAUGCGAAGAAUGUGGAAAAGGGUUUCGGUACGAGAAAUAUUUUAAGAAUCAUCGCUCGAUGAUGCAUUUAUCGCCGAACGAGAAGGUUUGUGAAGAAUCCUUGAUGACUCUGUCUCGUAGCCUUGGGUUUGUGAAGAAGAAGAAAAGAUCAAGACUUGGUAGGUCUGGGAAGACUUUAUUUACUACGUUUCUUGAACCGAGUUCUAUUUUUGAUGCGACUGAUGAAGAAUUAGAAGUGGCGGAUUGUUUGAUUCUAUUGUCUAAGAGUGCUCCCAAGGUUGUAGACGAAUUGAAAAGUCUUUCUGAGGCAGUACGUGUUACUCCUGAAACACCUGAAAGUAGCUAUGAUUUGGGUUGUUUGCUCAACAAGAAACCGAGAAAAGGUGGUGAAUUGGAAUCUGGGGUUUUAAGUAAUGAGCAAAGACUUAUGGAAGAAGGGUUUAGUAGUUAUGGAACAUCGAAAGAACCAGCUAGCUUCUUGAGAGACGAAAACAGAUUGGAUCAGCAGAAACGGAGAAAAGAUGGUGAAUUUGAAUCCGGACUUUUGAGUAAUGAGCAAAGACUGCUAGAAGAAGAGAUUACUACUCCUGUGACAUUCAAAGGUCCAGCGAGUUCCUUGAGACACAAGUGUGCUUUGGAUCGAAAUGGAGGUGAAUUUGGUCCUGAGUUUUUGAGUAAUGAGCAAACACUGAUGGAAGAAACAUGGAAAGAACCAGUGAGUUUCUUAGAAGAUAAGCAUGAAUUUGAUCAGCGGAAAAUGCGAGAAGCUGGCGACUUUGAAUCUAGGUUUUACAGAAUUGAGCUUGGAGUAGGAGCUAUGGAGUGUACUUCUUCAGAUACUGAUAUGCUCACGCAAUCUGAUAAGAAGAACGUUGAGCAUCGAUGCAGGUUGUGCAACAAGAUAUUCUCGUCUUAUCAAGCUCUAGGGGGUCAUCAGACGUUUCAUCGGAUGAGCAAAUGUAAGAACAAGAAGAAUGGCAUAGAGGAAUCAGUUGAACCCAGGAUGACUCUGUGA